AUGGUUCUGCUUGCUGCCAGCACGAUCAACGGUAACGCUCUUUUCCUUUCUAGUGUCCCUAUUAAUCGACCCCUUUUUGGCUCCAUUUCGACCAACUGUGUGUUCCGCUUGAGGAUACAGCGGACACCUCACUCUUCUCGGAGAAUUUGCCUUGCGUAUUUCCUUCAUUUGAGUGUUUUACGCAUUCCCCGCUGGUGUUGCAUUGUCAGUAACAUUUCCCAUUCUGCCAAUGCUAGACUUCGUUUGAUCUGACGAAGGGGGCGUGUUCGGCACCCCUACUUCUGGAAAAUCCCUGUGUGUNUCCCACCCGCCGAGUCGUCUUCGAUGUUCUCGCGUGAUGAUUGUUUUCGCUUUAAUUCAGCCUCCCCGAGAUUCUGUUUUGAUCCCAGUCCUGGGCUCUGCUUUCUUCAUUUCUGCCCGCGAUAUUUCUUUUCGUCAUCACAAUACCCGGGACCUCCUUCACCCUGCACCAUCGCUCCUCGAGAUGUCUUUUCAAUCUCGUAAUAUUUUCACCCCUUCCACUCUUCACCUCCACUCCGCGAGAAUUGUUUUCUAUU